AAAACCCCUCAAUAGUCAAUAUCGUAAUCUCACACUAUAUUUCAUAAAUUUCCAUUCCCACGUAACAAACGACCCCUUAUUGAAAAAUAUAUAAAAAUCUGGAAAACCUGUAGUGCCUCAAUAGUCAUUUUCCAUAUUUUCCCUUCUUCCUCAUAAAAACCUGGUCUGACAAACUGAGAAGGAGAGGAGAGAGACUCACUCUGAUGGUUUACUGCCUUUCUCACAUGACUUUUCUGCCAUCUCCCGUGUAACUCAAGCUCCCCCACCCCUGCAAAAUUUCCCCUUCUUUCCAUUCAUAUCUCUUUCUCCAUUUACUCCAUAGCUCAUCAUUUCUAAAAUAUUUUUUAAGAAAAAUAAAUUGUAAGGAGAAAAAUAAGGAAAGCAAAAGCUGAAAAGCUUGUACCUGAACUUAGUCUGGCUCUCCCAACAAUGGAAGCUUUUAGUUUACUCAAGUACUGGAAAGCCGCUGCUGGUAGUGGUGGCCCACCUCAUUUUUCAUCAAUUUCUACCGGUGUUAACUCCGCCACCGCUACAACCACCAUUGUCUCUGCUGUCAGUGACCAUGAUUCUGAUACUACUGCUGCCGACGACGACGGUCCAUUCUUUGACUUGGAAUUCGGCGUACCUGUGGAGGAUGAAGAUGACGAAGACGAUGUUGACGAGGAAGAUGAAGGAGAUGAAGAGGAGAGAGAAAACGAGAUUGAUGAAAAUGAGGAGGAGGUUGACGAUGAAGAGGUGGAGGAGGAGAGGGAGUUGGAGCCUAACCUCACUUUCUCACCGUCGGAUGACUUGUUUUUCAAAGGAAGGAUACUACGAAUCGACGGCUCAGAGGAGAUGAUAAACGCCGGUAACAAGGGAGUGCAGUUUCCGAUUCCGGUGUCGCUCGCUAAAUCGGCGACGAAGUUUCGCGUCUUUUUGUUAGGGUUAAAGCGGUCAAAGUCUGAGUCAAAGCAAUGUCCGCCGCAAAAUCAGCCGAACAACCACCAUAACAAUAGCAACAAGAAGUUCUUUACCGUUAAAUUUAAAGUGGAGGAAGUUCCGAUUUUCUCUCUCCUCACUCGCGCUUCCUCAAAUUCCAAGGUAAACACAACCACCACCACCACCGUCGCCGCAACAACAUCCACAAACGAGGAAGAGAAGCAGCUGCAACACCAGAAAUCAGACAGUUCAUCGGCGUCUCAAACGGAAUCUUCCGGAGACGAGAAAAAGAACAAAAAAGAGGUAGUGCAAAAAUACCUAAAAAUGGUGAAAAUCAAAGUGUCGAAAAAGAAUCAAACGACGGAGGAGAAGAAAGAGAAAGUGUCGCAAAAGCAAGGUUUGAAUUUAAAGGUGAUAGCGAAGAAGCAUUUAGUUAAGAGCAAAUCGGCGGUAGUUCACUCAAUGGUGCAGAAUACGACGUCGUCUAAUAAGAGAGAUGAUUCACUCUUGCAGCAACAAGAUGGUAUUCAGAGUGCCAUUUUACACUGUAAACGCUCCUUCAAUUCUUCCAAAGAUUUCUUAGACGGUGAAACAGCGAGAUCGGUGUUACUGAGUGACUCGGCUGCGGAAGAGGCGGCGGCGGAUGAAGGAGACGGUGGUAUUGCAGCCUAGUUAGGAAAGAUAAUAGGGGUAGUAUUGUAAAUUAAUAGGGUGAACAGAGGUCAGUAAAAAAGUAGCGUAGCACUGUAAAAGAAGGUAAAAGAAAUGGAAUGAGAGCAUCUUUCCGUGUAAAAUGGGUAAAAAUAUACGAAUCUCCGUAUGUUUUGUCAAAAGUAAAGAGUAUGAAUAUAAGAGUAGAAUGGUCUCUAUCUAUGAAAAUAGGGAAGGUAGCUCUCAAAAAUGGUAAUGGUAGUUCCUUUUUUUACUGAAAAGGGUUAGCGACUAGACUAUGGUUUUGUAUCAUAUGCUUGGUUUUUAUUCCCAAUGUAUGUGCUAUUGAAUCAACCCUAUGGUUCUUUUUAUGUGA